CGCUGCUUAUAUUAUAAUUCUCUUUGACGCUGCUUGCGUGCUCGUCAAAUUGUUCUUUGUAAUUCUUCAAUGUAAAAGCUUUUUAAAUUAAAUUUACAUUGAUAGGACAAAGGGUAAACGUGUUUAUUUGUCCUAUUCUUUAGUGAUUAUUGAAUCUUGGUUAUCAUGAGUACAUCGCGAGGAAGUUCUAAUAGGACGAGACCACAGAAACAUCAAAAUAGAACUGCCUUCAAAAAUGACUUACAUGAUACAAGCAAGAAGACAAAAAUUAUAAAUUCACUUGAAAUAACUGGUGUAUGCAAACGUUGCAAAGAAAUUAUUGAUUGGAAAAUCAAAUAUAAAAAAUAUAAACCCCUAACAGCCCCAAGGAAAUGCGUCACAUGCUCACAGAAAACUGUGAAGUAUGCAUACCAUGUACUGUGCAAAUGUUGUUCAACACAAAAAAACAUAUGUGCUAAAUGUUGUAAAUCAGUGGAUCAUGAAGAAACACUAGAAGAAGAAAUUAAUGUAGAUAUUAAGGAGAAACUUAAAAGUUUGUCUGAGAGAAAGCGUCGCACCAUACUCAGGUUAUUGAAGAAACAACAAGAUGCUAAUAAUACUCUUUCUCCAGAAAUUAUGGCAAAUAUAGAAGAUAUGUUGUCAAACAUUGGUAAAAUGAGUUUAGAUGAUGAUGAUUUUAAUGGGUUUUCAGAUGAGGAGUUUAAUGAUGUUGAGUCGCAAUCAACUGAUGAUGGUAGUGAUGUAAAAUAAAUAAAAUAUUUUAUUUGA